AUGUCUGGUCACAUGGUACAAUCAUAUCAAGACAGGGAUGAAAUUCCUGAUAAGUCUAUGAAGCAGUACCAGUCUAUUUGGAUGUCUCAUUGGACACACGCGAGUUGCAGGAAAGUAAAUGAAGUUCCAAAUCGAUUAGGUGAUGAAUCUGGGGAGGUCAGUAAUGGUAACAAACAUCACCAGUUGCUAAGUGGGAUGGAGAGGGAAACAGGUGGUUCUAAAUUUGUCACGGGACUUGGAGAAGUAAAAAAGGGGAAAGGGAUCAACUUCAUGAAAGAUAACCAUAUAAUGAGUUCGAAAAAGUUUAGGAAUGAAAUAUUGGAGGGCCAGUCUUCUUUUCAGAUGUUCAAACCUUCUCAAGAUAGGGAGAGUGUUUUAUCUCUGAAGAAUGUUGGGUCAUCCAGCAAUUGUGAAGGAGUCUUGAAAUCGCAAAUUUGUACCAACUCCGGGUAUGAUGUUUCCCUUGGGAGAACUGAGGAUCAUUUAUCUUCAAUGCCCGGACAGGCUCUUCCUGAGAUGGAAUUUCAGAAAAGAAAAUCCCAAUUUCAGGCAGAAGAUAUCAACUUGGCUCCAGAGCAGCAGUUCAAGUCUAACAGUUUGCUAGAAAGGAGUAACAUGGUUGUUUUGACACCUAUUGGGGAUGAUUUUGUAAGGUUGACUCCAGAUAUUGUGCCAUAUGAAUUUGAAGGUGGAAGGACUCCAAUUCAGUCCUUUUUCUCUAGGCUAGAUCACAUUAAUGAACCAGGCUCUACAUCUUUGGUUCAUGAGAAGAAAACGAAGAAAAAUGCAGGUAUUCUCAUUUGUGAUCCCUCAACAAGCAAUAAUCAGCCAAGAGACCUUUUUGGUAAGUCAUUUCAGAUAUUGCCAAAUCGCUCUGAUUUUGAAUUGUUUCCUAGGCAGAUCAGUCCCAGAGAUUAUAGCAAAUUAGAAAAAUUAUAUCAUGGAUCUUAUGCACUACCAAGACAGCCCUCUGCUCAUGAUGUGGAGACUACGAGAAUAUGUACUACCAUAGACUCCAUAGAAGAAUUUUCUAGAGGACCUCCGGAGUAUACUCAGACCACUCACCGCUUUUUCAUCGCAAAAAAGACUGACUUAAACUUACCUGAUGGUGCUCAGAUGUUUAAAGAGUCAGCAAUAUCCACUGAAUUUAAGGGGAAAAUGGUGACUGAACUCCUUACUUUGGCUCCAGAUUUUGGAUUCCAUGGCAAGCAAGGAGCGAAGCUGCAACAUCUGGAUAGCUCCACAGAGAGUGAAGGAAAAGAAAACAGUAAGAAUGUCAAGACUACUGCAGUGGUUGAAGAGAAAGAUUCAUCAGCUGAAGGAAAAGAAAACACUGGGAAUGUCAAGACUUCUGCAAUCAAUGAAGAGAAUGAUUCAUCAGCUGAAACUGAUACCAUGGAUAUGGAUGCUUUCUGUGAGAACCAUCUAUCUGGUGUGGCUUCAUUGCAAGCAUAUAAGGACAUCAACGAGGGCCAGAAAUCGCCAGCUUCUCAUGCUGGAAUGCCUUCAGUCAGACAAGAAACCAAGGGCAGACAGAUGAACACCGAAUUACCUGAUAUGAACCAAGAACUUCCUGUACUUCCAGGUGCGGCAAGGUCACCAGAUGACAUGGAGACAAGCACCUCGAGAACCCAGAGUUUGGAUGCGGAAUGUUUCCUUCCCCAUGCUGACCAUUUAACAAAUUCAAAAUCUAGUUAUUGCCCUGACGUUCCAUCGAGUUUGGACCCAUGCAGCAGGUGGGUUAAACGUCUCAAACCAAGUGCUUCAGAUCCUUUUGGUUAUGGUACUAAAAGUUCAAAAGUUGAAGAAGCAUCAUGCCAUCGGAAAUUUAAUAAGUUGUUCAACAAAAUGCCAAGAUAUAGUAAAACUAGUUCAGAACCAAAGAAAAGCAAGUCUUGUCAUAGAGAGCAGAUGGUGACAGAUCAGACUUCAGAGUUACCGAGGAAAGCUGAAUCCUAUUCCACUGAGUCAGCUAGGAAAAGGAGUUCAGAGGCAGUGCUAGACUUCCAGAAGAAGCAUUUUCCUAGUGUUGCUGCUAUGGCUCUGAUGGGGAAGGCCAUGAAUGGUUUUCGUUCGUGUGAAUUCAGAAAAAGGGGGUCUUCUGUAGUCUGGAAUACCAAGGGAUUUAGAGAUAAGUUGGAAUCUUUGGUCAUCAAUCCUCCAUCAGAUCAACGGACUGGAGAUGGAGUAGAGCUGCUGCUCCAUAUUGCAAACCUGAAAGAACUUGGCCACUCUCGAGCAUGCCCCCAUAUUGAUACACCAUAUAUUAUGCUUGAAAAAGAGAGUAGAAUCAUGCGUUUGGAUUUCCCGAUGGCUGGUUAUGGGGGGAAUGGCCUGGAGUUGUCACGUCAUGCAUUAGACUGA